GACGUUUAUAUCAUUGGGUUAGUACAAUGAUUUGUCUAUAUAUACACAAAACAAAAUAUGUUUUAGACACACUAAAAAAAGGAAAAUAAAUAAAUAUGUAUACAGAUGAGAAGAAGAAAGACAAAAACUAUGGCUCAAUCUUUGUCUACUGCGUCCUCUGCUUCGUACUCGUUGCGGAAGUUGCAAGAUUCGCAAAACCUUAUUACAGCAACUUUGAGAACCUAAUGGAGACAGAAGCACUAGUAGUAGAAGAAGGAUUCGUGGACGUGAUGAACUCAGGGAAACUUCCAUGUCCCUUCAAGACAUCUCACUCUGCUUCUGCUAGGAGUCACGAGAAGCUCUCGGGACUAAUAAGACGAGAGGAUAGAGCUCGUCCUCCAUCUUCGUACUGCGUCAAGUUUCAGAACUUUGCCACUAUGGCCAAACUUGUCAAGGACAAUGGUGACAAGUACGAGUCACGUCCUUUCUCCGUCGGUGGAUACAACUGGACCUUACUAAUCUACCCUAACGAGAACAAGCCAGUGGGCUCGGGUGGAUACGUUUCAAUGUACGUAAGAAUCGAUAACUCAAGCCUCAUAGCCAACCCACACGAUGUGUAUGCAGAGAUCACAUUCCUAACCUAUAAAAGCACUAUAGACAGAUACCAUUUUCUUCAGGAGACUGAUGCGCAGCGGUUUCAUUUGUUUAAACAACAAUAUGGACAGCUAAACUUUCUUGAGAUUGGUUACUACAGAGAUCCAGGACAUGGAUUCAUUUUCGACGGUGGACAAAGUGUGUUUGGUGUUGACAUCCUCGUUGCUAAUCCCUUUGAGAAGUGGGAGGUUUUCUCUUACGAAGAGAACAUUCGUGACCCUCUUUUCAAUUGGAAGCUCACUAAAUUCUCUACACGUAAUCUUGACUCUUACACUUCUGAUCCGUUUUCUUCCGGAGGAAGAGACUGGGUAUUGAAAGUGUAUCCAAAUGGAGUUGGGCAUGCAACUGGUAACUCGUUGUCACUCUUUUUGAUAAGUGCGUCUAAUGAAAAGGGUUACGUGAAAGCCAAGUUACGAGUUAUUGACCAGAAACGAUCCAACCAUUUGGAGAAACAAGUGGAGGGAUGGCCUAACGCAACAGAAAAUGGAUGGGGCUUUGAGAAGUUUAUAUCUUUCGCAGAUCUCAAAGACUCAACCAAAGGUUUCCUUGCUGAUGAUGCCAUCAAGUUUGAAGUCGAGAUCUUGUCCUUCUCUAAAACUGACACUCUCUAAUUAGGGUUUAAGAUCAUCCCAUAAAUCACUCUUUUUGUGGGCUUUUCUUUGGUUAAAUCUUCUGAUCUCAUCAGCUAUGUAACUCACUGGUGGCCAAGUGAAUCAAUGUCACUCUGGUUCACUCUUUGUUUCUGUUCAAUAAUAAAGCGCUCAAGGCUUCCCUAUAUCAAACUUGACCAUACAAAACAAGACAGGACUUGUAAUGUAAGAUGAUCGCAACGCUGAAAGUUAUUCAAGAAAGAGGGUAUGUGUAAGGGGUCUGUUUUCAGAUUUUUUCCAACAAACCUAAUGGUAUGCAUUAGAUUUUAUUUGGUUUCGGCGUUUGCUAAUAACAAUCCAACAAGGCUUCGACAGCCUUCUGAUGUUUUAAUGUGUGGGCUUAAGACAUGUAUUACUCUGGACUUU